CGCAACAUGUUCUUUUAAACAAGGAUGGAGGCGAUGAACAGUUGGCCGAGCUCUCGAAAGCCUGGUUUUUCUACGACAGUUUUUUCGUUGACAAAACUAAACCCUUGAUUCCUGUGCGUGGCGUGAGCGCUCUCCACGAUCUCCACAUCGAAUCGCUUUUGGGCAACUAUGAAGAAAAAGACCACGAGGUACAGAAAGAGCAGGUAGCUGCGAUGGAACAUCAUAUUACGAAGGGAAAGAAUAUUACAUCGACAACUAGAACUGCGUGUUGUACCGUAAUCGAUCCUGAUUUCUUACCGGAACUGAUCGAAACUGGAGGAGCUGCUCCCGAUAGUACUGCAGCAGGAACUGCCCAAGUACAAAAAUCCCAUGUACUGCCAGGACACGUUCGGCCGAUAGUGGAGGAACCAAGAUUGGAUAAUUUUUACGCUUCUUUGGCUCGAUUCUUUAUGCGGCAGCGCGUUGCGGAGAGGAGAGAGAAACACACUGCUGCUCAAAGUCAGAACACAGAUGAUAAAUAUGGAGCACCAGCACCUGGUGGUUGGUCUCAGUUGAAUUCGCUGUCAUCUGCGCAGAACGUCAAGGGCUCAGCUCUGUCAGAAGACCGCACAGGUCUACGCAGUGGCAACCAGCAGACGUCCGCGCCGCAAGAGCAGCCUCAACCCCUUUUUCGACCAGAGCCAAAAGAGAGGGCUGCAGCUGAAGAAAAGGCUCACUCGACAGCUUACCAGUCACCCAGUUUCGACAGCAGAAAUGAAUCAACAUCUUCAUGUUCCACUUCUACGAAACUAGUUGUAGCAGUAAACGAGCGUAUUGACAAAUUUUUGGAACAUCCGGAGUGGACAGCGCCAUCGAUGUGGAUCGAACGUGUGCCGAUCUUACUCGCAAACAAACUCGGGUUGUGGAAGUCAGAAGGAGGAUUCGAUUUUGACGAGGUGGAUCUACAAAUUUCCAAUGGUGGGCCCGAGUUAUUGCGUUCUCUCGGUGUGGGGGACUCGACGCAAUCGGUACACAGCCGAGUACUUGUGGCGGAGAUUGGGUACGAUUAUGACUGGAGAAGCACAUAUUUGUAAUCCUCGUAUUUGAAUGGUAAGACCUUCUCGUAGUCGUAGGUUGAUGUUUUGUUCCUGAUGAACUGGCUUCUUGCGCAGCAAAGCAUGCAAAUGCAUCCUGGUAGCCUCAUAAUCUCUCGAUCCACCACACCCUUGAUCAGAAUGUUUCCGCUCCUUGCCUCCGCCAUGGAAACGACUGGUAUACUUAGUCCUGAAGCUCCGCCUGUUGAUGCAAAACUAGAUGAAUUACAAGGUAGAAGACACAAAAGUUCAACAUCAGCUGCAGUUAUAUCAUCACCUACCAAGAAGGCAGAUGAGAAACUCUCUGGCUUUCCGCUUCGCAUUGUGGGAACUACUUUCAUGCAGCAGUUGGAGCAGUAUUUCGUUCUUGGAGAUCAUGCUCAGCAACGCCAGGAUUUUUCGGACUCGAUUUCACAGCGCCAAGAAUCAGCAUCUGCAUCACUCUCAUCAUUGCCGAUAGGCUCUAAGAUAGGCAUUCUGUCGUACGGGAGCUGCGACAGCUAUCUGCUGCAACGGCUGCUCCUGCAGGAUUGUCCUCGUCAACUGCACACUCCUGGAACAAGUGUAACAAGAACCUCAGCAAGCGCAACCUCUUUCUCUGGUGCAGAGGUGACAAGUAUAACUACAAGAACCUCAAGAGCAACCUCUUUGUCGGUAGACGAGGUGGACAGUGAACCAGUAGAAGUAGUACAUGAUGAAAAACACCGGUUCAAUGUUGUGCCUUUAGGUCACUUUUAUGGGAAAGCCGACGUUCUUCUCAAUGCUUGUGGUGGACAAGGACAAUCGAAGGUGGAUGCGUCGUUUCUGACAGACCCUCAACUGUCUUUGGCACUGGAUAAUGGGUGUCGCAUCUUGAGACGCCUGGGUGACGAUUUCCCUCGUUUUCAAUGGGGUGCGUUGGUGGCUUCAAGAGAAGUUUUGGAGACCGAGCGAGGCCGUGCAGUCGUGAGUCAGCUUCUUUCUGUCUACACUGCUGCAGUGCAACUGAUGGACAAGGCAGUUCUGAGAAAUAUUUUGGAGUCUAGGGGAGAAGCUGUAGAGUCUGAAGAAGAUCUCGUCUUUGCUGCAUUGUUGGCGCUGGGCCCAGAGCAUUUCGGGGUCUCAGAACACAUGAUGAAAAAAGCUUUAGCCCGUUGCAGCGGAUACGCACUACAGCCAAGGGAUGUCAUCCGCUCACCUGUAGUUCAAGCUGAACAGCACCAUGAUUGCGCGGAUGAAGUUGAAGACAACGGUGACCACACUACAGAAGCAUCUGUUACUUGGCAGGUGAAUCCGCAAAAUUUCGAUGUGCAGGGAGCAGUAGAAUGCCUCAGAUUAGUGCAAGCCGCAAGCAGUAGAGCAAGAAAUACACCUUCGUCUUCCGAAACAUCUACUUCUACACGAACCUUUUUCGAUUGCACAGCAAAAAAUGACGGGAAAAACAACUGCUGCGAUAAAGACACGAACAGGUCAUUGUUUAUUCGCAGCCUCAUGGAUACUGAUUUACUGGCCGUUGCGGAGCAAGAUUCUGCUGUUUCUGCAGAUGACGCAAUGGGUGCGUAAUCUAAAAAAGUUAAUAUUUUUGAAGUCAAAGUCUCUAUCUCUAAUACAUGAUCAGGAAGAUAAGUUUGCAGUGUAUGGAAAAAACUUUGAAUUUAAACUAGAAAAUGCAAAAAUAGAUUUCAUGAAAUGUAGUUGUGCUUUAUUAUUCUUUGGUCUUGUCCACGACAUGCAGUUUGUUAACUCACUAGCAAUAAAUCUAGAGGUGACAAAACGUAGAGAGGUUGUAUGUAUGUUACAGCGGCUUCACGCAAAUCCAGCAUCGCGCUGCUGUUCUUUUCCGAUUGAGCUUCGACGUCUCACAAGCUGACGUCGCUUCUGUGUUGUGAAAAAAUCUAUGAUCUUCUCCACCACUGACAAUAGCUAUAGCACAAAUCUACUGGUGAUUUUUCUCUUCAUUUUUGUGAACGUACACUAGUGAGGACUCUGAUAGGUUUCGUGGUUUAAGUGCUCACUGGGGUUCUAAUGCCACCGUAAAUUGUCGUGAUGUCGUUCUAAAUAUCUGAAUCUAGUAUGAUUCCUCUUGAUAUCUAGUAGUGCUCUAGAACAGUGAGUAGAAGAUUUGAUCAAGAUUGUGAAAAUGUAUUGAUCGUUUGUUUUCAUCCUUUUCGUGUCAUAGAUCGUCCCGAACGACGAGGACGUCAUACGCGUGAAGACUUCUCUAGUACACGUAGCAGAAUAUUAUCUCCAUGCAGGAGUGACUGUGUCAUGAAAGAAGUAGAAGAUGGCGGCCACAUCAGUAGCUAGUUUUUGCGAUCAUCUGGUUCAUCCUCUCACUGAGGAGACACAAUAUUAACAAUCUAAAGUAUGAUCAUUCAUUCUGGACUUAGGCAACCUAAAUUUUAUUCGAGAUGAAGGCUCACAGAUAAC